UUACAUUUCUUAUAAUCGUUCUUAUGUCUAUUAUUUGGGCAAUAAAAAAUAAUAGAUCAACGUUUGUACUUUGCCAUGCCCUAUUUUCAAAGAGCCCAUUUUUCUCCAUGCAUAUGGGAUUGAUUUCAUGUAUCUCCAACGAAGUUCCAGUACUGUACCAUGAACACUUCCAGAGAUAUCCGGCUGGUAUGGUAGGUGCCGCGCCCCGUUUUCCAAAAGCUCCAUAUUUUCUGCAUGACUAUGCCAUUAAUUUCAUAUACCGUCACACCAAGUUCCAGUACUCUACCGAGAACACUUCCAGAGAUAAGAUCUGCUUCAUUUGAAAUCUGGCAGUACUCUACAUAGCACAACUUUGUUAUCGACUACUCGAUCAGCCGUUUAUUUAGUGUGCUGAUUUGGCAAUCGUUGUUUUUAUUACAGUUAAUUUUCAUAUGCGUAACUUUAAAAAUAAGUGAUGUGGAGAGCAAAGAACUUCUGCAAAGAAAAUUGAUUUUGGACGAAUUCAUGCAAAAUCUACACAUCUCCCAAUGUCGCAUUGAGAGAAAGGCGGAAUCUGGCGGAAAAUCAGGCACUAUAAAUAAAAUAGUGUUGAAGGAUGUUCUAAGGACUUUGAAAAGGAAUCCGAUUUUGGCAAUAAGCCAUUGUGCAAAAAAAGCGCAAGAGGUUUAUACACAAAAUGGAAUCAACAUUGUACUAAAAACGGCCAAUCCUCCUAAAUGCCCAGAGCUGCAAACGAUCGAGCGCUAUUGGGCCCAUAUGAAAUCAAAAUUAAAAAUACAAAAUGCACGGCUUCAAGAACAACGUAGUUCCGCAGUAUGUGGCGAAAACUUAUAAUGAAAAAUUCGGUUUAUAUGGAAGGUGCCAAGCCUCCUUUUCAAAUAGUCCGAAUUUGUAUUCAUGAGUAUGCGAUUGAUUUCAUAUAUCUCCAUACCCAGCUCCAGGCUGUACCAUGAACAUAUCCAGAGAUAUACAGUAUGAAAAAUUCGGUUUGUAUAUGAGGUGCCACGCCCCUUUUCCAAUAACUCCAAUCUUUCUUCAUAAGUAUACGAUUGAUUUCAUAUAUAUAGUACAUCCAUACCAAGUUCCAGUACUCUACCAUGAACAGUUC